AUGCCGUCUCCUCCGCCGUCCAAAAAGCAGAAACCGUUGUCGGGUUCGACCGCCACAUCGCCCAACACAGCAUUCAAGGGGUUACCGGCGACGCCGCAGCAGGGUCAAGCGCCGAUACUGGCACCGAAACAGCCGCAUUCAAACGCUAAUGCCGGCACAUUUCCAGACCAGCAGCAGCAAGGUCUUCGACAACAACAACAACAGUCGUCUUCUUCUCCCUCAAAUCCACGCAAGCGACGAGCAUCGGCUAGUCCCAAGUUUGACACACUUCCACCCGGCACAUCGUUAGCCUCAGAUCAGUCGGCCACCACGCCCACAUCACAAUCCGUGCCAGCCUUACUCGGCGGAGAGGAUUCAAGUAAAAAACGGGGUCGGACUAAUACGCCCUGGACCGCGCAGGAAGAGCAGAGACUGAAGCAGAUGCGGGAUGCGGGUCAUAGUUGGAGCGAGAUUGCAAAGGCUUUUCCAGCUCGGACCGAAGGUAGUGUGAAGAAACACUGGUACAAGGACAUGCAUUAUGCAGAAUUUGCCGAAGACGAGUCGGUCGCUCUCCGCGAAGCCAUCAGGGAGUACGAGGCCAACAAGUGGAAAGCAAUUGGGCAGAAACUGGGAAAACCGGCAAAGGCCUGCGAACAAUAUGCGAAAGAACAUUUCAAGAACGGCUGA